AUGGGUGAUUACAAAAUAGUGGCAUUGACAGAAGAAUGUAGUGCGAUUUUGCAAAGAAAGCUUCCUCAAAAGUUAAGAGAUCCUGGGAGUUUUACCAUUCGAUGCACUAUUGGGGAGUUUGAAUGUAAGCAUGCGCUUUGCGAUUUGGGGGCAAGUAUUAAUUUAAUGCCUUUGUCUGUAUUCCGGAGGCUUGGUUUGGGGGAAGCUAGGCCAACUACAGUAACAUUACAGCUAGUUGACAGAUCUGUGAAGCACCCACGUGGUAUUAUAGAAGAUGUAUUGGGAGAGUUGAAGUUGAGAGUUCAAGGGGAGGAAGUAGUAUUUAAUGUGUUUAAGGCCAUGACUUAUCCUAAAGCAAGUGAUAGUUGUUUCUCAAUUGAUGUGGUCAAGGAAGUAGUAGAAAGAAAAAAAUUAAGAGAGGAUCCUCUUGAGUUGAGUCUCACAGUUGAUGAUGUAGAUGGUGAGGAGAAUGAAGAGGUGAUGAGUUAUUUAAAGUGGAUAAAAUCAGCUGAGCUGUGGAAACAUAAGAAAUUUGAAGAAUUGGGUGCAGGACCAGACAGACCAUUACCAUCGAUUCAGAAGCCACUUGUCUUAGAAUUGAAGGUUUUACCGGACCAUCUCCGUUAUGCUUAUCUUGGGGAAAAAAAGACUCUUCCAGUUAUAGUCUCAUCAUUUCUUUCGGAGGUUGAGGAGGAGAAAUUGUUGAGGGUGUUACGAGCUCAUAAAACUACUAUAGGGUGGACUCUGGCUGAUAUAAGAGGAAUUACCUCAUCGACAGUUAUGCAUAGAAUUCUUAUGGAAGAUGAGGCGAAACCGACUAUUGACGCUCAGAGAAGGCUUAAUCCAACAAUGAAAGAAGUGGUGAGGAAAGAGAUUUUGAAGUGGUUGGAUGCUGGAGUGAUUUACCCAAUUUCUGAUAGUGCUUGGGUAAGUCCAGUGCAAGUGGUACCGAAAAAAGGGCGUAUGACGGUGGUAAAGAAUGAAAGCAAUGAACUGAUUCCAACUAGAACUGUGACGGGUUGGAGGAUAUGUAUUGAUUAUCGGAAGUUGAAUAAGGCAACGAGGAAAGAUCAUUUUCCUUUGCCUUUCAUUAAUCAAAUGUUGGAUAGAUUGGCGGGACAUAAUUACUAUUGUUUUCUAGACGGGUACUCGGGCUAUCACCAGAUCGUAAUUGCACCGGAGGAUCAAGAAAAGACAAUGUUCACAUGUCCUUAUGGGACUUUUGCUUUUCGAAGGAUGCCAUUCGGGUUAUGUAAUGCACCAACAACGUUUCAAUGGUGUAUGAUGGCAAUAUUCUCUGACAUGGUUGAAAAGGGGAUUGAAAUUUUUAUGGAUGAUUUUUCGGUAUAUGGGUCCUCUUUUGACACGUGUUUGACUAAUUUGGAGAUGGUGUUGAGAAGGUGUGAGGAGUCGCAUUUGGUGCUUAAUUGGGAAAAGUGCCACUUUAUGGUUAAUGAAGGAAUUGUAUUGGGGCACAAAAUUUCUAAGAAAGGAAUUGAAGUGGAUCGGGCCAAGAUUUCUACUAUAGAGAAUUUGCCACCUCCAAUUUCAGUUAAGGGAGUGAGGAGUUUCUUGGGCCAUGCGGGGUUUUAUAGGAGAUUUAUCAAAGACUUCUCUAAGAUCUCAAAGCCGCUGUCUACCUUGUUGAUGAAUGGGGUUUCUUUUGAUUUUAAUGAUGAUUGUUUGAUUGCUUUCAAGACUCUCAAGGAGAAGAUCAUUUCAGUGCCGAUAGUAUGUACACCUAAUUGGGACCUUCCAUUUGAGCUUAUGUGUGACGCUAGUGAUUAUGCGGUCGGAGCGGUUCUUGGGCAGCGAGUGGACAAGGUGGUAUUCUAUACGGAUCAUUCGGCAAUAAAGUAUCUUAUGACUAAGAAAGAUUCCAAGCCUCGUCUUAUUCGGUGGAUUUUGCUAUUACAAGAAUUUGAUGUGGAAAUUAAGGAUAAGAAAGGUACUGAGAACUUGGUGGCUGAUCAUUUGUCUCGUUUAGAGGUUGGGGUAAAUUCUCUUAAUAAAGAAGUUCAGAUUAAUGAUGCUUUUCCGGAUGAGCAAUUGUUCGAAGUGAAUGUUGGCAAGGAGGUUCCAUGGUUUGCGGAUUAUGUUAAUUAUUUGGCUGCUAAGGUUAUACCCCCUGAAAUGACAAGAACAAGAACAGCUGCGAAGGUUUUGCAAAGUGGGUUUUACUGGCCUACAUUAUUUAAGGAUGCUAAUGAUUUUGUCAAAAGUUGUGACCGUUGUCAACGGACUGGGAACAUAUCAAGAAGAGAUCAAAUGCCGAUGAUUAGUAUUUUGGAAGUUGAGCUAUUUGACUGGUUCACUGCUCUUUGUGCUCGCUAUGGUGUUCAUCAUCGAGAGUCGUUAUUUUAUCACCCAAUUGCAAAUGGCCAAGCUGAAGUAUCGAAUAGAGAAAUAAAUGGUAUCUUGGAAAAGACAGUAAAUACUUCGAGGAAGGAUUGGUCGAAGAAGCUCGAUGAUUCACUUUGGGCUUAUCGCACGACAUUUAAAACUCCGAUUGGUAUGUCACCAUAUCGAUUGGGGUUUGGUAAGGCUUGUCAUCUACCGGUGGAACUGGAGCAUAGAGCUUAUUGGGCUGUGAAAAAGUUAAAUGUUGAUCUCUUCAUGGCGGGGCAAAAUAGGCUUAUGGAGUUAAAUGAACUUGAGGAAUUUCGAAAUGAAGCCUAUGAGAAUGCGAAGAUAUAUAAGGAGAAAUCGAAGGCUUUUCAUGAUAAGAGAAUAUUAAGGAAGGAUUUUCAACCAGGGGAUAAAGUUUUGCUCUUUAAUUCUAGGCUUAAACUUUUUCCUGGAAAAUUGAAGUCACGAUGGUCUGGACCGUACACGGUAGUCUUCUCACUUCCUUAUGGAGCAGUACAAGUUCAUAGUGAAAAGACGGGAGAUUUUAAGGUGAGCGGACAGAGAUUGAAGCAUUACUUGGAGGGUCCGGUGGAGACAUGUAGGUUCGUGGUCGAGUUGGAAUUGAUUUGA